AUUUGUUCACAAUUAUUACAAUUUGUUAUCCAAAUAAAAAGUGUAUUUAUAUUUACAACAAAAAUAAAUUAAUCAUAGUUACUUACAAUUAAACAUUACUUGAAAUACAAUUCUCAAAUACACACUGCUGCUCUUCUAUUGGCAAAACUAAAAUGGAAAAUUUAUAAUUAAAAUCGGAUUCAUUUACUGUCAUUCCCUUAAGCAAGCAAUACAAGUAGCAACAACUAAUUGCUGGAUUCUUUUAUUUGCAACAAUUUUGUGGAAUAUUUAACAAGUUUUAAACAAUUAGUGUGUAAACGUGUUAAAUUUAAAUAAAAAGUUUAUUAUUUGUGUUUGUUAAUAAAUUCACCUUUAAAUCACUCAACAAUAAAUAAACGGGCUUAUCUAACGCUGCAGCUAACAGAUGAGCCCCAACACCACAUGUCAAUUGCUGCAGCCGAAAAUGCAGGGCUUGGCCCAUCUGACAUACCAGACCAUUGGGCAUCAACUUUAUCAACAGCAACAAAAUCAUCAACAAGUACAACACAAGCAGAAACUAACUGUUCAGCAAACUCCCUUAAUAAUACAAAUAAUUUUACAACAGAUUCGACGCUACCAGCAGCAGCUACAACAACGACAAUUUCGACAUACACAUCGGCAUCAACGUACACAACGUCAGCAACAGGUGCUGGUUCAGCAACCAUUAACAACAUUUGCAAUCUGCCGCGUUCAUCGCCGGCUGCAGCAACUGCUGCUGUAACGGUUUCAAACGCUGGCUCAACCGUGUUAGGGCUGGCACCGGUUAUUCCAACCUCGGCCGGUGUUGUACCCCUCCCCACCACUAUAGGUAGUGUUGGCAGCGCGGGAGGCGGUGGAGGGGCUGCUACAACAUCAUCAAUUAUUGCCAACCAUAGAAACAAUACAACAACAACGGAUUCCAUUAACAGCGUUUCGCCAACGGCAGCUGCAAAUGUGUUUUUAGCUAGGUUUUCUGCUUUACAACAGCAACAACACCAGCACCACCAACAACAGCAGCAGCAACACAACAUAUUUUUAAACAACAACAAUUCAUUGCUUAAUAACAGCAACAAUUUGUUGCCCUUGCAUUUGCAACAUCAUCAACAGCAACAUCCUUCAUUGCAUAAAGCUGCUACAACAGCUGCCAACAUAGCUGCCGCUUUACAACGUUCUGCCAAUAUGAAUGCGGUGGCAUCACCGAUCUCAACCAAUUCAACGACGUCGUCGAAUCGAAAAAUACGAAGGAAAAACGAUUCAAAAGCUAAUUUGCCACAAUCCCAAAUAAAUAAGUGCAAUAAUGAAAAACGACGCCGUGAGUUGGAAAACAAUUAUAUCGAGCAACUCUCAGAGUUUUUGCAACUUAAUAAACGAGGUGAUAUGACCUCAACCAAACCGGAUAAGGCGGCUAUACUAAAUCAAGUUGUGAAAACGUAUCGUGAUAUUUGUGACAGAGGCCAAAGUCGUGAUAUUUCUUCGUCAUCGUCAACACUGGCAUCGGCAGGAAACACAUCAUCUCCAUCAACAACAACAAUUUCUUUAACAACGGCGACCUCGGCAAAUAGCGCGAUCACCAAUAAAAAUAACAGUAAUAACCAAAACACCUCAACACGUUGCAGUCGUUGUGCCACUGAUAACUGCUCCAUACAUCCGGUGCAACAAGGUGAAGUGUCAUCAACAGAACCACCACUGCCAGAACCAUCACUGCUAAACGGACAAGUGCCUGAAAUUUCGGCAUAUUUUGAAGCAUUAGAACAUUACAUCUCAUCGGUGGGCUGGGUUCUGUUGCAGGUUAAUUCAGCAGGCAUUAUUGAAUCGUGUACUCAAAAUAUACGAGAACUGAUUGGUUAUGAGAAACAAGAGUUAUAUCGUCAACCGUUGUAUAUGUACCUAUAUCCUGGAGAUCAUGCCAAAUUGGACCCUAUUAUAAGAAAUAUGUCUUCAUCAUCUUUGGGUGGGAACAGUGGCAGCAGUGGAGGUGGUAAUGGUGGCAUUCAUGAUGUCAAUUCUGCAUGGGGUCUGGGUGGUGAAACGGAGGAUCAUACUAGUAAUUGUAGUAAACCGGAGCGUAGCAAUUCGACCAAAGUUCGAAUGCUAGUCAAAGAUAUGCGUUCAGCAACACAAACCUCAGGUUCUUCAACAACCACAAAUAAUGAUAAUAGUAAUUCAAUGGACCAAAAACCAAAAUAUGAGGAAGUUGUUUUAAUGGCUGCUCCUGUUAAAGACGAUGGCGAUUCGUCCUCGGUUUUGUGUCUUAUAACAAGGCCUGAAGAUGAAUCACCAUUGGAAAUGAACAUUCAACAGCAUGUUCAACAUCCGACUAUCGAACAAGUAACCUUUAAACUUGAUAUUCAUGGAAAAAUUAUAACAUUAGAUGCCACCACUUUAAGGGAGCCUUUUAAAAUGCAUCUAUCGCAAUGGUCAGGGCGAUUGCUGCAAGAUUUGUGUCAUCCUCAGGAUUUGUCCGCUUUAAAGACACAUUUACGUGAUAUACAAGAUUCCACCGCCGGCCUUAAUUCUAUAAAUGCGUCGCAGUCACCUGGAAGUGGAGUAGGCAUUAAUCCACCCAUAUCGAAUGUUACAUCUAAACCAUUUCGUUUACGUUUGGGUGCACCAGACGUUUAUGUGCACGUGAAAGCAAAUUCAAGAUUAUUUAUUAAUCACACACCUGGAGAAAGUGACUUUAUAAUGUCGGUCCAAACUUUGUUAAAUACGGAAAAUGAUAUGAAUAGUAAUAACACCGGCAUGAUGACUGGAAACAGUGGACUGUUAACCACCGGUAUGGCUGCCAUGUCUCCUGGAUCUUCAUUGGUAUCUUCGUUGGUUUCCAAUUUGUCCAUGGACUCGUUUGUUAACAACAACUCAGUUUCCUCACCUCUGGUUAAUGUCUCUGGUUUGGGGGGAUUAGUUGGUGGAGGCGGCAUGCCUCCUCAUACGACCCAAACAACAAAUGUGGGUGGUCCUCUAAUGACAUCGGCAGUUAUUAAUGGUAAUGGAGGUGGUGGAAGUGGUACCGGUGGGGGAGGUCCAGUGACUGUUAAUAACGGUUCUGGUAUGAGUUCCCAAAGAUCUGCUUACACAACUGCUACUACAUCAGGAGUUGCUUCUAAUAAUUCUUCGUUAGUUAAUUCAUUCACAGCUUCACCUGCUGGACAUGAAGGUCCUUCAUUUUAUAGUAAUGAAUUCGAAUUAGACUUGCCACAUUCCUCAUUUGAAAUUGAUCCAUCCGUCUCGGCAUGGAAUGAUUCGAGACCAAAUUCCCGUGCAUCUGUGACUACACCUGUAAGUACACCGAGGCCUCCUUCGGCGGGGCAUGGCUUUAGUCCAGCUGUGUGUCCGUCACCAUCUACACCCUAUCAGUUGUCUUCACAUUCAGCGGCUAGUUUGCCUUCUCCGCAGUCGAAUGCGAGUCAAUCGGGAGCUUCAGUAGGAGGCGGGCCAGGUCCAUUUGGUUUCGGUUUUCCCUCAUUCGAAAAUACUAGUGAGAAAGUGGAUAAGGAUAAUUUAAACAACAACAACAAUACCGGUAGUAGUAACAAUAACAACAUGUCGAGUGGAAGUGGUGUCAGCAUGACUGGAAGCGUAUCUAACGGGGGUAAUCAAAUGAUGUUAGGCAGUGCUGGAGGUCCCGUAUUAGCAACUAAUCCACAGCAACGGAACCAACCACAACAUACAACCCAAAAACCAUCAACGGAAUCAGAACGGCUAAGGCAUUUACUCACCAAUAAAACUCACUCUUCUGCCACAACAUCUCUACAUGGAUCGGAUGGUGAUGAUACCAAGUUUUACAAACAAGAAGACGACAAGGAAAGUUUACAAUCCAACAUGACUGGAAUGUUCAAAAUGGGACAAGGCUCUAUUGGUCAAGGAGCUAUGGGAACUUCUCGUAUGUUUAGUAUGCAAAAAAAUGCCAAUUCAAGUAAUCCUAUGUUAUUAUCGUUACUUAAAUCUGAAGAUGACGAAAAAGGAGGUCCAUCUAUGGGGCGUUCUGGUGAUAUGGUUCGCAUCAAAGAUGAACCUCAUGGAUCUCAUGGUGGUGCACAUAGUAAUCCGAACAAUUUGUCACCCGAAGAUUUAAGGCGCAUCCUAAAACAUCAGGGUGAUCCUGCAAUGACACGCAAACGUUCUUUAAAUGAUCCUGAUGAUGGUCUGUCGGCCAAAAGAAGCGACGAUCGCCCCUCGAAAUUAUGUGAAACCAAUAAAAUGUUGGCACGUUUAUUAAGAAAUCCUCCAAAGAAUAUCACCAUGAAUAUACAAACGGGUAUCAAGAUAAUUCCUGAUAAAGUACCAGCAGCCGUCGGUCGUGUUUCCUCGACUCUUAGUGGUCUUAGCAACGCGUCUACAUGCAAUAGUAGUGGCAGUAUGUCAUCUAUGAAUAAUAAAAGUUCAGCAAUAACAACAAUGGCAGGGUCUGGUGCUCCGGCGGGUACUGGCCGAGGCAGAGGACAACAUAAGCAAACGCUUCAGCCACAACAGCCUUCCGACGUCUACCUCACUCAACAGCAACAACAGCAGCAACAAGGUUUAGAUCCUAUUCCAGGUGGAACAAAUUUACAACGACCACCUCAGUCGCACCAGCAAACGCAUGGACAAAUGGAAUUUUCCUCAUCCUCAUCAACCACGGUGGAUCACCCGUUUGCCACUCCUCCUCUAAAUACAACGGCUCCCUCAACAACAUCUACCUCAACUUCUAAUGUGACAAUUGGUACCUCCUUAGCUGGCUUGGGUGAUGGGGAUUCCGAACUCUCCAAAAUACUUGAUAGUGUUAUGGACUACGUAACCGAUGAUCAGCAGUUUGCACCCACUACCCCUACCGGUUUGACACCUCAACAAAUUAACGAACGUUUAGCUAUAAGCGAAAUACAAAAAUCGCUUAUGGUCGAAACUUCAGCAUUUAGAAAUGGUCCUAAUGCCAUGAUUGGUAAUCAAACCGCCCAACAAAUGUUGCAACAACAAAUGCAGCAACAACAACAGCAUUCCCAGCUACAGCCCCCUGCAUACCCGGGCAGUAUGAUGACAGGAACUGGUGCGAAUACAAGUAGCAUGACACCACAGCAGUUGCAGCAACAACAAAUACAAAUGAUGCGCAUGCAGCAAAUGUUGGAAACUAUGAGAGCCAAUCAAAAUUUCCAAAGACCUCCUCCAAAUUAUCCAGCACGUGGUAGGGCACCUCCUAUGAAUGCUGUAGCAACACCAGGUGGUGUAAUGUCUGCAACACAGCGAUAUCGGACUUUGGCUCAGCAACAAAUUGUCCAACAGCAAAAGGAACGACUGUUGCAGCAACAGCAAAAACAACACAUGUUAGUGCCAGAAAACGCAACUGCACGCAAUGACCAGUUGUGCUUAAAUCCCAACAUCGGUACUCUGCUCAACACUGUCGCUCCAAAUGUUACCUUGUCACGCACAAAUAUGCCACCCGACUCACAAUUAAGUCCAAAUUUUGCCCAAACCAUGCUGCAACAACAAUUAAGUCCGAGCCACAGAAAUGCUCCUUUUAGUCCACAAUCUAAUCCAGGCUAUGGCCCUCAAUAUUCCCAAAGUGGACAGCGCUUGUCACCUCAACAACAACAGCAAUUAUCGCAACAAGCCUCAGCACAACAGCAACAACAACAAAUGGCAUUCCAGAGUAGUAACGCCGCCCAAUUAUCACCAAGGCAACCGCAUUUCGGCAACCAAGGAUCUAAUACUCCCGGAAAUGCUGGCAUACCUUCACCUGGUAUAGCACAGAAUGCUUCGACACAACAGUGGUCAGCACAGGCUCCAGUUAAUCCCCAACAAAGAGCUCAUUCGCUACAGCAGCAUAACCCUAUGUUAAGUGCUCAAUUACAGGGUGUUAGUCCUUACAAUGCCCGCCAGUACCAACAACGAGGACGAAGCCUAAAUUCUCCUGGUGGAGCGGUACCGUCCGGUCCAAGUGUUUCGUCUGGUCCACAAGGUCCUGCAGCUGCUGGAUUACAGCGUCAAAAUUCAUUUCAAACUAAUGACGGUGGUGGUUUUGCAUCCACAACACCAAAUUCCCCCUCGCCACAGUCUCCGUAUGGAGCUGGUAAUGUGUUCCAACAGCAACAGAGUCAGCAGCAACAAAUGCAACGCAUGCAACGACAAACAAGUAUACCGCAAGCUUCACAACACCUACCAGCUGGUAAUCCCGCCUCUUCAGAUUAUGUUAAACAAGAACUUCGUGCUGUUGUAAGUGGCCGAGCUGCAGCAGCAGCUAAUUCGGGUGGAAAUGGUGUGCCAGGAGGUGGAAGCGGCAAUGGCCCAGGAGGUGGGGCUGGUAUACCCAGCGGUUUACGAGUUGCUACUCCACAAAGCCCACAUGUACCACAAACUUCUCAGGGACCAAUGUUAGGUACAAAUAGUUCGAAUUCAAUGGUCAUGACACAGCAGCAGCAACAACAACAUCCACAAACAUCAAUUAGUAGUGGUAAUGUUACCAAUAAUUCGUCAGUAGGAAGUAGUACUGGAAAUGGCAGUACGUUGCUAAAUACACCAGGACCAGAUCCAACAAUGGGUUUUAAUUUUGAUCCACAGGAUUUUUUUGGUAGCAACUCAACAAGGUGACCCUAAAGUGUAUUUUUACCCUAAUGUGUCAACAUUCAAUGCCGACAACUCUGAUGCGCAUACAACUUUAUCCUGAUACAUAUGUACGAUGCAUUCAUAUACAACAUAAAUACAAAUAUUUACGGUAUACAUAUGUAUGUAUAUCGUAUAUGUAUGUAUCAACAACUACAACAACAUACUACGUAACAAUAAGGUGCAAUAGUCCGUUUUCUAUUUUUAUUUUCUUUUUUAUUUAAUAUAUAAACUAAAAAAACAAACUUACUAUUCUUAUAUACUCACACACACACACACACAUACACAAAACAUACAGACACAGCGUUAGCAUUUAUUUAAAUUAAAUUUAGUGAAAUAAAUCAUUAAAGGCAAAAUUAUAAUUCAACUCAGCACUCAUUGUUUUGCCUUUAAAACUAACAAAAAAAGAGAAACAUUUUUAAAAUUAAGUUAAAAAGGAAAAUAAAAAACAAUUUACUGCAUUUUUUUAAUUAAAAGUAAGGGUUGAACUUCAACGAAAAACGUUUUUUAAACCGAUACGAAAUUAUCUAAAAACAGUUGAAUCUUUAAAUAUAUAAUUGACAUUUCAUAAAUUACGUUAACGUUUAACAGCAAGAUAACAUAAUGCACUCUAGAAGAAAUAGGGGUUUUUCAAAAAAAAAUAAAUAAUUUUUCAGUAAUUUUCUACAAAAAUAAAUAAAAAACAAAACACAAAAACAAUUAUUAAAUACUUUUGUAAUGCUAAGAACUUUUAAUAUUAAACAAAUUAUAAAUAUAUGUACAUACAUACAUAAAAUAAUUAUGGGACUAACAAAAUAACAAAUACCUUUUUUUGCGUCCCAAAUUUUCACAGAUUCCCUCUUCCUAUUUUUAAACAUUAAUAAAAAAUAUAUUAUAUAUUUACUACAUAUUAAUGUUAUUAUGUAUUUAAAUAUUAAAAUAGCAAAUUUAUUAUAAAAAAAAA